AUGGCUUCGUCGACGCUGUUUCGUGGUCGACGCAUCGUAGAUCCCGUUCCGGUUCAGCGUGGCCCUUUACCGAGAGAUGGAAAAUACCAAACUUCGUUCUCAGGUAGUGCUUUUGAAGAAAUGGUAAAAUAAAGAAGUAAGGUAAAAGUGUUGGCUGUGACCGUUGCUCUUUGGUUUCGCCUACUAAGUUUUCAAGAUUAAUGUGAUCAAUCGCCUUGUUUUGUUUUGAUUCAUGGUAUGUUUUUUAAACUUGUACCAGACGGAGUUGGAGUGUGCUCUUCAACGCCUUUUAAUGUAAGUUUUACAUGUUGUGCACGAAAACUGAGAUUGUUUUGGCUAAUUUUGCAGACCUGGCAGCAGCAUGGGAAAACGUCGGGGAAGUGAAGUCUGCGGUAAGUGAAAUUUGAUCACGUAUGUCUGGUUCCAUUGUAACAGGUGGGCUGCUAGGGGAUCGUUCAUGGACGAGUUUUCGAUCUGCCCUUAAAAAUUAAAAAUUUGAAAUAUUUUAGCAGGCCUGCAUUCGUAUAAAAGUAUUUCCGUGUUAUCCACGUUUCCUUUGUAUAGAUUUAGUUGUUUGAUUUAUUUUCCAAUUGAAGUGUUGACUUCAAUUAAUCAAGUCUCCUUGAACGUGUGAACAUCAGCCAGUUAAUUUAACUUUUAAAAGUUACUGAACUUGUAGUACUUGAUUGAGAAGUAUAAGAUUCAUGCUGUUUUAUAGGUUUUUUGUACAACAUUUUGUUUGUUACAUUCUCAUGGACCGAUAUUGUAGGCUAUGAUCCAUUACAUGUAUUUGCUCGCAUGUAAUUGGUCUGAAUGCACGUGGUGGAUUAUCUCCCAGCUUAAACUGGGGGAUAUCUGAGGAUAUUACCCAAGAGAUAUUCCCAAAUUUUCAAACCUUACUUCCCCUACAAUAAGUAUUUUGAAAUUUAAUUCAAUAUGAGAGAGCAUUUGGUGGUUACAGGAAAAGGGAAAUAUUUGUUUGUUCAUAAAGUCGUACCAGGGAACACUCAAAAGAAAACCUCCCAUGCAGCAAACAGUAAGCUGUUCAUAAACAUUUUUUUUUAUGCACAUUGCAAAAUAUGUGAAGGAUAAUAACCCCUAUUUGGUGAAAAGAUGCAUGUAUAUUUGUCCUUGGAGAUUACCUGUUUUUCAAAGCUCACAGUUUACCCGAGCUUCUCUCUUGCAAAGAUGUGUGCAUUUUGAAACUGGUGGUGCCCAUAGACAACUAUUCAUGCCAAAUAUAGGCUAUUGUUACUAAGUGUUUUGGUGAUCACAGAUAUACAAUAUUAGGGCCCUGUAUUUCUAGCCAAUAUUUAGAAUGAGUUCUAGAUAUCAUGAAUAUAUAUCUCAUUAGACCUUUUAGUGCACACUAGUAUCUCUAAGUGUUUUUUGUUUGAGUUGUGCCAUAUUUUGACGAGCCAGUAGAGUCACUACUCACCAAAAGUCUGAUCAGUUGUUUUUUAGUGCUGUUGGAUAAUAAACAAUGAUUGUGCAUUUUUUUAUGUUUAUGAAGUUAUCAAUUGUUUUAAACAGCUCCAAGCUGCGGAAGCAAGAAUUAAUGAAGCAAAUGCUGGUCUCGGUUCUGGAGUGGAGGAUAAUGAUGAGCCCCUACAAGAAGUAUUUUCUGAGACACAGAGAUAUGGACGGGUGUCCAGAUAUGAACUGCGACCAGGUCGAUAUGGACAAGGUGCACGACCAGCAACUGUUUUUGGAGAGGAUCGCACCAACUCGCCUGUGAGAAGAUCACCUGAGUUUUCAUUAGUAAGGAAACAGUUUAUAUGCGUGAUAUUUUGGGUCUGGCUAUUUUGCAAUUGACCAAAUAAUUGAUACAGAUAAAUUCAAAUGUCUUGCACGUUUAUAUUAUUACCAGAUUUACAAGGUUGUUGCUAAGCCCCAGCUCUUGGCAAAAUUUUCUACACAAAAAAUAGCAAUGGCUGGCUGGACUUUUAAAAUUUUAGCUGGCUCCCUUUUUUUCUUAGCAACAACCCUGGGUUUGAUGAAUGAGCAAGAGUAACUUUUUAAGGAGUGAAAAAUCUCACAAACCAAAAUGCUAUAAGUUAGAAUAUGUUACCCUUUUUCAAAUACAAAACUCCACAUGCUAAUUAACUGUCAAUUUGUUAAUCAUCUACUCUCUAGCUCCUAUGUUUUACUCACUUAGUUAAAACAUUAGAAAAUGCUAUUUUCCUCUCUUGUUUUCUGUCUGUUGUGUGAAAAGAAAGUUAAAAAAGUAGUAUACACCAGAAAUUUCAGUCAUCUUGAACCACAAAAAUUUGCUCUGGCAAAACAUAAAAGACUGCCAAUCUGUGAUGUGAGUCUCCUGCAAAGUUUUCAUGCUAGGUACAUAUAUCAAUUGUUUGAGGCUAUUUUGUUUCCAUUGGCUGCUCCAUAGAAUGGGAACAGACAGGAGUCGUCAGUCAGAGCACCAGCACCCACCUCUUUGCUAUCUCCUCCGUCAAGGGAUAGUCACCCUGCUGAGAUUGGAAGCAGUACCACCACAAGAAAUCCACCGUCUGUCUUUCCUACAUACCCCCAAAUGACGCAUGGUUUGGAUCCUGUUUUGACAACAGCUUACUCGUCAAUCUACAGGGCAAAUGAGAAACCAAUUCGUAGAUCACCUGUCAGAUUUCAAGGUCUUUCAACCAUCCCUUCUUCAUCUAGCUUUGAUGAUUCAUUGGAAGUUGGCAGUACAGCUAGACUGUCCAGGAGUGAAACUCGUCCAACAUCCUCACUUGGACUCAGACCUGUAAUAGCAAAUAAUUCAGGUAUUCUAAGUUUCUCUUUCAAACUGUCAUUUUUUUCUCUGGUCAUGUGUUGUGUAACUUCCCAACUAAGGGGCUGUCUUUAAUAGAACUUUUGUUGAUUACUGCUGUUUAAUGAACUCCCAGAAGUUUUCAACAUCUAACUUCUCCUUAUAACAUUCAUGCAUUAUCUUGCAAACAGGUGAUGAGAAAAUAAAUUUUCAUCUUGACCUAACGCCAAUUUCUCAUAACUACUUUACAAUGAAAUGUGUAGUAACUAGAGGGGAGAAUAACCAAUCAGAUCUUAGGAGUUCAAGGGUUAAUUUCAGGGUAAUAGUAAAUGUUUGCCAUAAAGUCUCGUACUGCUGAAAGAUGUGAAAAAGCUUUGCAAGCUUGUCUCAAUGAACUAUAUUUGUGUUUACCCUGAUGACCUUGAGGAACCUUGAUUAGUUUUUUAUUUACUUCUGAUUACAGAUGCACUUGCAAGGUUGAAAGAGAGAAUUAAACUACAGAAAGAACAAGCCUCAAGGCUUAGUCCAACUGAUUCUAUUGCAGGUGAAGAAAAUGCAUCUUAUUUAUUAAAUACUUAGCAGCAUUUAUAGCUUCAUCAGUUAUCUGUUUUUAAACCUGCCUGACAUGUUACAGACCCGAAGGUGAAUGACAUGAGAAUUUUAUGUUACAGGGGAAGGGGGGAGGAAGUCUGUCAGCCACAUAUUUUGAAGGGGUGGCUACCAUUCUUGAAUGACUAGCUUUUUAAAAAUCUCUAGAGAGCACUUUGUCCAAAUUGCCACUCCUUAUAACUUACAAUGAUAUGUUCUGGUUUUUUUGAAAAACAACAAUUAUGGACUAUGAAAAUACAGUUAUAAUUAGCAACAAUUUUAAAAUUGUAAAUUGUCAUUAAUGUUUGAAAAGGAAUCAUUCUACCAUGGAAGACAAGACUGCUUGGGUCUUAAAUUUGUGAACAGGACUUUGAGCACAUUGCUUCAUGAGUUUGCAAUAAAAUCUCAAAAGAUCUGUGAAGAGGCUUGAGGCCAAGAUGAACUGCUACAUCAGAUUAGCCUUAAACUGUGCUUUUCACAAAUACUUGACAAAUUUUGCUGCAUAUAUGUAUUUUGCAACUCCUUCAAAAUUCUGGAAGGUCCCUUGGCUUGCUUCGUUGGAAUAACCAUCAAAUAAUCUUUUUCACAUGAGCUUGAAAAUUUUUAUUAGAUGUUCUUCCUUUUAUUGAUUACACCUCUAUUUUAUAAACAGGGAUAAGCUCUGCAAAUCCUUCUCCUCGAAGCUCAGAGGGCCCGUCUGUGGAGGUUGCAGCAGAGGAACCAUGUAUGAGGGAUUUGGAUGUUCCAAUGAGACCUGCAAUUUCCAAGAGAAAAGUAGCCUCUGCCCCUGCAGCACCUGCUUAUAAAGGUAACCAGCUGAAAUAAUUACUUUGGUCUUUAUGCAUUGGUAGUAAAGGUCAACAUUUUCUGCUAGUUGAGCUGAUCAAUGCUUUAUGUUUUGAAAGCUUUUCCUUGAUGAUAAUUAACCCAAGUGAUGCAACAUACCAACUUGAAAUGUCUUGUCAUAAUUUACAAAAAAUUCCUGAUUAGGUUUCAGUGAGGUAGAAUCAAAACCUGCAGUGUUAUCUGAAGUUAACAGAAAGGUCAAAGCAAAGAGUUCAACAGUUGACAAUGCAAGAACAAAGGCUGCCACUCAAAGGCCUCAAAAGCCAUUGCAACAAAAAGGCAAGUUGUCCCACUUAAUUCUUUGAAUUACCCAUAUAUUAAAAAAAGUGGGCAAUUUCUGCAAAGAGGGGCAGUUUUGUGCAUGUCUGUGUGGGUGAAACUGAAGCAAAGUGAAGAAGUAUCUUUGAAACUGGAUUAUAGAUGCUAUGACAUGUGAUUUUGCUUAGUUCAGGUAUUUCAACCCUUUACACCCUUACAUCAGUUCCCAUCUUCUCCUUACUUUUCUCGUCAUAUAUUUAUUUUGGUACUGACAAGGAGAAUUUUUUUCACCAAUUAAAGCUUCCAAGCUGGCCAACAAACAGUGAAAAGCAACCAUUUUCUUUGUUCUCAUGUGUUAAUGAUUGAUGCAGUAGUAUUACUCUAAAUGAAGUAAAAUGUAAUUUAAUGGAGUUAACAACAAAGAUCAUUAGCGUUCUCUAGUAGUCAACAGUUUUUGCAUAUGCAUUUUCAUUGGAAUUCCAUUUGCACUUCAUUUGAGGCUUUCUUGCGUGUGCUUUGAGUGUGAACUUGCAGCAUUGUUUGGAGUGGCAGCUCAUCAUCUAGGUAGGCAGUUUUCCCCAUCUCUUCCUCCCUCUUUCUACUGUGGAAAGAUGGGUGCCUGUUUCCCUUUCCUGUGUGGGGGCUUAUGGCUGGGUUGCCAGGAUUUGCCAGCCAUGGGAGCAGUCUCCAUCUAGGAGCUGGCUGCUGAUAGUGGAAGUUCCUGGAUGCCUCAGGCACUCAACCCUAUUGUAAUAUUGCAGUUGUUAAAGCAGAAGUAGAUCCUCAUCACUCUUAGGGGUUAAGGUGUUAAGUCUUCAGAAGAUACAUGACUAAUAUGAAACAUCUUUUUCCAGGACCUCCCAAGGUACAACGAGUCAUUGCCCCUCGCCGCCCAACAGAUGUUAUAACAACAUCAUCAUGGCGUACUGGCCAACAAACAGUGAAAAGGAUAUUGGGUCCAGCAACCAAGAAGGCAAAAACUUCUGCCAUCAGUCGACCCCAGUCAAGCAGUAGCCAAGAUACAGACAUAUCAGAACCUAGGAGUCUAAAUUUCCAGUUGAAAAAUGAUACUGGCAAUAAAAGGAGUGGUGGUUACAUGAAUGGGGAUUUAGGGGAGAGAAAUGGCAGUGCAAAAAGUGAUAAUUCCAGAGAAGCAUCUCCAGUUCAUGAAGAGCAAGCAGUGAAUGCAGGGAAUACGGACUCAGGUGAGAUAAAUCAUACCUAGAAUACCUUAACCUUUUUACUCCCUAGAUGUCAUUAGUAUUAUUUGAUCCUUACUGUCUGCUAUAAAAUUCUUAUGAUGUUGGUUAAGAGAAUUUGGUAUUGGAUAAACUCAUUAUCCCCUAAUUUAUAUUUGUUCUUUAUUCCCUGGUCUGAUUGAUAUUGUAAGGAGAAAUUAUGUCUUGGUCACUCCUGGGAGUGAAAGGGUUAAAAAAACGACAACAACAAAAAGAAAAACAGAAGAGGCAAUUGUUGUACUUUGGGACAACUACAUUAAUGUCCAUACUGAAAAGGUUGUUGUUUUUUUAUUUCACAUUAUUCUUUAGUUGAUGAAUUGUGAAUAAUUUUCAUCUGAAUGACCCUCAUCAAAUUCAAAAAAAUUACUGAAGUGAUUGAAUCUGUAAUUUCUUCCUUCUAUUAACAGAUUCUGAACUGUCCCAAAAUUCUCCAGUUGCUGCCAAGGAAUUUGAAGCAGUUGGCCCUGAUGAGGAUAUGAAAGAUUUAAGAGGGAACAGAAUUUUAUCCACAGAGGCAAAAAAUAUUCUGUCUGACUUAGAACUUGAUACUGAUGAUGAAUCUGGUUAGUGUUUAAGUAAGAGGUUACUUUAAUGAGAUGAUAUACAAAUAAUAUGUUCAGUUCUAAAUGUCAGUCAUGGGAUUAGGUCAUAUGAACAUUUGAGGUCUGUACUGAAAGUUAUGGACCAACUUUUUUCUGCUUGGAUUUACAAUCCAUGUGCAAGGUAUGUUUUUGUAUUUAGAACAUAUCUUUGUGUGGAUUAAACAAGGUUCUGCAAUUUGCUGUAAACUCUGAGAAAAUGAGGUUAGGAAGACUUUAUUACACUUUUGUGUUCAAAUAUGGAGGGAAAAUUUAUUGAUAAAACUGGAUAUUUUCAUUGUCUCAACUUGUUGUUGUGCUUCUUCAGACAAGGACGAUGGUGAUAAGGUUAUUCCCAAGUUCAAACCCAAACAAACUCAAGUGAAGCAGUCAUCAAAGGGAAUUCAGAGAAAGAGACCAUUGAGGGUAAAGCCACAAGGUUUGGAGCAAGUUAUAUUUUUAUGGAAUUUCUAAAACUUAUUUCAUAACUUACUUUGGGAAAAAAAUGAGAAAAUUGUGCUUCUGAUGUGACUCUUGAGGAUGAAAUUAGUAAUUUAGUAUUAACAUGGUGACCUUGUCUGUUUACGUUGAAUUCUGUGGAAUUUAGUUCUUCUGAUUUUCAAUAAAGGCAUUUUCUAUUUUCCUCAAUUUUGAUUUACGUCUGCUUACAUUAAGAAUCUCAUCAUUAAUAAUUCUUUUGACCAAUUAUUACCCAUCAAUAAUAACAAUAAUAAUAUUAUGUUACUUAUGUCAAUAGUAUACAUGCAAUAUUACUAGUAAUCAUGAUACUAAUUAUAACUGUAAUGAUAAUUAUAAUAGUGAUUAUUAGUAGUAGAAGUUAUAAUAAGAGUUACAUGAUGAUGAUAAUAAUAAUAAAAAUAAUAAUGUCAAAUAAUAACUAUUAUUAUUACAAUGUAUUUCUAGCUUCACAACAGCCAAGCUAUCCUGCACAAAAGCAGAGACACUAUGACACUGAUGAAGUUAAGGUUAGGAUACGAAAUCUGUUCUGGAGAAAAAGAAAUAUUUUUUUUGGGAUGGCUUACCUCCCCUCGAUCAGUUUCUCAUUUCUUUUAGGUAUUGAAGGGUUUAUUUCAAACUUACAAUUUGCACCUUUAGUAAAUCAGGCAUUAGAUAUCAAAUUUUGGUUUGAUUACUCCCAUGAAUUUUUAGAAGAUAUUUUAAUUUUGUGGAUUAUUUUAUACUGAAUUCCUAAACUCAUUGUACACAUGACAAUGGAGUAAUUUGAAUUGCUGUGUUUUGAGCAGAAAUACAUGGCUAAAAAAAUGGCUGAAAGAAAGGAAAAGUUGAAAGAAGACAGGCUUAUGAAACAAAGGGCUGUGGAAGAAAAAAAGAAGAAGCUUGAGGUACACUGGGCUGUUAACUAAUCUUAGAUUUAUUAUAAUUUAUUUAAGUUUACUUUCAUUAUUAUAAUUAUGAUUAUUACUACUAACUUUUAACAGCUGUGUAAUAUUAUUUUCUUUAUUUAAAACAAAUCCUUAUGGGCUGAUGCCUUUCUCUGCAGGAACUGUACAGUAGACAAAAAAAGAAUCUUGGAAACAACCUUCAUCGCAAAGACAAGAAAUCUCUUGGGGAAACAUAUUCAAAAGGCCGCAGUGAUUUCAGAUCUAUUAUAUACCCUUACAACCACCCAUUCCAACAAGAUGAAGUAGAGGUAAAUAGCUUGUUAAAUUUUCAUCCAGUCCUCUUGACAGAGAAAAAGUUGACCAAGGUUGGAAGUUACUCGCAAGUUAAUAUAUAACACAAAGUUGUAAAUGUAUAUAUUCUUUCAAGUACAGAAUGUAUUUUUUGUAAGAAUGCCAUGGAACUUCAUCAAAAGCUAAGAAUUUGCAAAGAAUUGCUGAAUAACUCCAUACUACUGACUGAUGGUUAAAUGCUAGACAACAGAUUGUAAAAUACUUACUUAGAGCCCACAGGCAGUUUCUGAAAGUAAAUAUUUUAUGUUGAAAUACUAUAUUGUUCAUGUACUGUAUUGUAUGGUUUAGUUAAGAUCUAGAAUUGAAGUCAUGUGCUCGAAGGUAUCAGAGUGAAAUUGUAAAAAAUUCUUUACUAUCAUUCUGUUUUGUUUGCUUGAAGCCCAGUAUGUCUCAUGCAAGGCUUGAUGUUAAGUUAUUUACAUUGUUGCUUUCUUUUUUUCUUCCCUUUAAGUGUUACAGUGAAGAUACGGGAGUCAGUGGGUCAGAUAAAGGUACAUAUCAAAAAAUAGGAGUCUAAAUUAUAGUUUAUGUCAGUUUACCUUAACUCUUUAAUCUAUAUGGCCCUGAAAAGUGUUUCUGGACAAAUACAUGUUGUACUCAAGGCUGUUGCUAAUGUCAUCUUGCAGAGAAUCUUGACAUCGCCUCCUUCAAAGGUCUUCCAAAUUAUUCCACAUCCAGGGAGACACUUGGGGUGAAUGGCAGAGACCACCACAGUUUAUCUAGCUCAUCAUCUGUUCUAAGUGAAGAUGGCAGCAUUUCUCCAGAACCACACAGAGAGAGGAUGAGUCCAGUCCCAGGUGUAACUAGUGUAUCUAUUGGAACAAAGACCACUGAUUUGAGACCUGAAUAUGUUGGCUUCCCUCAAGGUACAUGUAAAUGCAUGGUUUGUCACGUGUAGAACCACAAACUGUUUCCCUUUCAAUGAUUUGCAGAUUCAAGGUAAACAAAAUCUCUAAACUUUACUGUGCUGGAUAACAAAACUAAAUUAACAAAAGGAAUAAGGGUUAGCAGAUACAUUCAGGGGGUUUCAAAGUUGGAGUUAGCCAGAAGUGAGAAUCUUACAUUUAUACUGUCAUUAGGAGCUGGUAAAUAAUUUCUAGCACCAUAAACUUUAUUUAUCAAAGAAAAUUAUCAAUAUCUAUAUAAUUAAUUUGCUUUAAAGUAGACCUGCAACAUGAUGUGUUUUUGACAACAGGUGAGUUUGAGCCUCGUUCUUCCAGCCCAAGUCAGCUGGCUGACAGACACAGACCAGGGGUUGUGUCUUCAUCUGGUAUGUCAGUAGUUUUACUGUGUUAUACAUAUGUCUGUUCUUCUUUCAUUUUUAUGUUAAAUUUUUGGUCUUCAUUGGAUGAUUUGAUCUCUCCAUUGAAUUUAAAAGAACACAUUUUUACACUUCUUUUCUUGAUACAUCUAACAUUGGUGUGGAAAGAUUUUUUUUGUUUUGUUUUCAAAUUUUAAUACACGUAAAUGAAAAAUUUUGAAAAUACAAGAUACAAAAUAACAAUAUAAUAAAAAAUGACACACAUUAUUGUACAAAAUAUUUUUUUUUGUAUUUGUAUUGGGUGUGGAAAGAUGGGAGCUUUUAUGUGGGUGCCAGGAUUUUGUCAUGCUGAAAAUUUUGUCUAUGCUGCAGAGAUUCCCUUAUAAAUUGUAGCUGGUAAACUUUACACCUCUGAAAGAACUGUCAUCUGGUUUCCACCUGGAAUUGGAAAUUAUAUGCAUUAUUGAAAAAUUUAGCAAAGAUUCCUCAUAUAUUGCAAUGAUUUCAAGUGAAACAUCUUGACUGAACAAGUUUUUAAAGAAGAUGUGCAAUUAUUACUGGGAAACAUUUUGUUUUCGUACUCACUUAACAUAAAAAAAUAACAAGUUUUUAAAGGAGUUUAUUAUAUAGAAUAAAGUGACCCCUUGUCUUAAUUUGCAGCAAGAAAUGAGGAGGAAAGGCUUUCAAGUAGUCCUCCCAGAGAGGAUAGAAUAGCAGCAAUAAAACAAACAGCUGCACAGCUCAAACAGCGACUGGCAUCAGAAGCAUUACGACUUGGUCUGAAUCUGAACACCACUGCUUCUGAAGAAACAGCUGAGGAACAAGGAACCUUUACAACAGUUAGUGAUCACACUGUGUUCAGGGGAGCACUCCCAGGUUUGUGUUUAACUCCCACAAGGGAUUAAAAUGUAACUUCUCCCUAUAAUAUACAUACAUUAUCCAGACUCAGACUUAUCAGGUUAAAGUUGUUAUCUUGAUGAAACAAAAAAUUCUCAUGACUAAUUUACAAUGAAAUGUGUACCAGUUGGAGGGGAGAAUUGUCGAUCAGAUCUCAGGAGUUAUAGGGUUAACAGUACUGGUAACUCAGCUUUUAGCACCAGUAUCAUGUGUUUGUGUAUGACAUAAAUUGCAGAUGCCCGAAAAUCUGUGAGCACCUGGCACAGAGGGUGUGAUGCAGUCUUCCAUGAAAUUUCUCCCAUGACAAGUACAAAAAAGGUUUAGUUACAAUAUUUUGAAUUUCAGUAAAUUUAUUUCUUUUGCCAUCUUUGUUACAGGAGUUGGAAGUCUUCAUGAACAAGCUGAACUAAACAACGAAUUGGUAAAGUUAAGAUAACUUUCUCUUUAAGCACAGAAAUACAUGUAAAUCUACAAACAAAAUUAUUUUAAUAUGUCAGUGAGAUCAGGCACUAAGUUAUGAAGGUGAUGGUUUUAUUGUGGAAAUACGUAUUUUAUUUUGCCUUCUUUUGCGAAAGGAUGGAAGAAUAAAGGGGGUCAGUUUCUACUUAGAAACUGUUGUGGUGUGUGGGUAGGAGAGUAUAACAGGGUAAUCUAGUAUUAUCAACUGAGUUAAUGACGUAAAUUGGCCACUGUAAAGAGUUUCAAAGCUGACAUUUCGAGCUUUAGCCCUUCAUCAGAGCCAGCUAGCAUCCUUAAACUUCUGCACCUCUCUCAAUGUUAAUAGGAUUCCCGGACAAGUGCUGCAACAACAAUCCAAGCGGCCUUUAGAGGUCACAGUGUUCGCCAGGGUCUAAACUGGAAACUUCCCUCUGGGCGCACCCUUAGGUCCACUGUCAGGCAUGGGCUACAUCAGAGACCAGGAAUCUCAGGUGCUGGGACGUCAGAGUCAUCCCAUUACUCCACAGCUUGGGACACUGUAGUUCCUAAUGAGGACAAGAGUAUCAUAUCUGACAUCAGUGCCUCUUACAGCUCAGUGAGAUCUACAGCGAAAUCACCAACUCAAAGCUCAAAGUCCCUGAAGGUAAAGUGUUCUGUUAACAAAAGAUUGGCAUAAUAGAAGAAUGGUCAAGGUUCCACUUACUUUUCCGGAAAAAAAGAGGCAAAAUUUUCCUGAUUUGAUGCUAUUGUCACACCAUUUGAACCCUAUUGCUUCAAAAGGAGCGGACACUGGCAGAUCAUGAAUGAGUUUUUUCUAUGUUACGCUGAUUUUUAAAGUUGUGAAUAUUUAAAGAAAGGGAUAAGUUUUGCUUGUUUAAAAUUUGGUUCUUUUAAGGUGAUUAGCCACUGAUCCAACAUUUUUUCUUACAUCUUGAAAAACUGUAGACAGAAAACCAUUCUCAUAGGUGAAUCGCUAUUAAACAUUAAUAGCACAAUUCCUUGAUGUUAUUGCAUGUACAUGUACAUGCAAUAUACGGGUACAUUUAUUUAUCAUUCAGACUCACCAGUAGUCUUGUCCCUAUGUGCAAAUGUAUUUGAUGUUCGUGUUGUCAGUGAUUAUUAUUUUCUUUUUCAUCCUUCAGGAUGACAGAUCAUCAUGUGUUAAAAGCUCACCAAACAGUGAAUCUCGAAGAAGAAAGCAUACAACAGGUAUUUUGUUGCUUACAAAAAACACCCCAUCGGUACCUUUAUGGUGGCUUAGAAUUACAUACAAUGCACACCUAUUUAUAAGAAACGAUGUGUGUCUGUAAAAGUAAACAACUACACGUUACACAGGGAUUUCAAGAGGCUAGUUACCCAUGGUUUAACACCACCUUUAACCCUUAAACCCUUAAGAGUGACUAGCAUCUAAUUUCUCCUCACAACAUCAUCCCUGAAUCACAUACUAAGGUCAUGAGAAUAUUGGAAAUGAUCAACAACUACAGAAGCUCUGGAUUGUCAACCAAAUUCUCCUUGUCAGCACCUUUGGAAAUGUAUAGAGAACAGUAUGGAGAAUGUGCAUACUGAUGUUAGGGUGGAAAGGGUUAAGACAUCUUUCCGCUGUCAUUUUAGCCUGCCAGCAGGCUGUCAUGUUUUGGGUGCACCUUCUGGCCCCUUUUCCAGGCACAACUGUCUGUUACACCAUUGGCAGUUGCUUAUGGAAAGAGUAAUUGGAAAAUCUGUGUUAUGCGAUUCUGAUAAGUAAUUUGAAUAUUAUUUAUAUCUCUGUUGUUCAGGACAUGGGCCUAGGGAGGCAAAGGGGAAAAAGAAAUCAUCCACUCCUCCAUGGAAAAGCAAAGGUGGUGACAGGUGUGUUGCAUAUGAGCAAUGUACUUUGUACCAGUUCAUUCUCCAGCUAUUUUUUUUGUCAUCAAUCGGUUUGAUUAUUCCCACUCCUUUGUUAUGUGAAUAGACUAGCACUCUACUGAGUUUACUUAUUCCUAGUCAGGUUAUGCUGCAGAAUCCAAGUAAAAACAGUGCGUGUUGUGGCCAUUUGGCCUCUGAGACUUUACCUUUUGACUUUGAAUAUAUGAAAAUCAUGUAUAUGAACUGUGGUUUAAGAAAUGAAUAUGAAAGUGGUCUUUGAAUUAAUGAACACUACUUAAGCAGUAGUGAAAAUAAGGCUUGAAAAAAAAUUGAUUCAUCACUUCACGGGUUUAUUACCAAGCUCAGUUAGCUCAGUUGGUAGAGCACAGCACCAGUAUCGCAAAGGUCAUAGGUUCAAAUCCCUUACAGGGCUGAAUUUUUUUCCAGGCCUUAUUUUCACUACUGCUUAAGUAGUGUUCAUUACUGCGAAGAUCGCUUUCAUAUUCACUUUACCUUUUGUUAUCGUGCCUUUGUCUGCUUUGCUUGCAGUUUUCCUUCAGUAAGAAGAAGCUCUAAACAGUCUCCCCCUUUCCCUCCCCCCCUCCCAAACGAAAAAAAAAAUGUUUGAAUCAUGGUUAUUCUACUUACCAACUGUAAUUUGACACCUUCCGUUGAUGUCGGAUCUCUUUAUGGUUCUAGUUUGAGUGUCAUCAAUAUUUUUACCAGAAGAAAUCCCCACUUGAAAUUGCUUCCCAAAGAAGGUAAGAGUAGUGUUAGUUUUCACUCGCAGUAUUGUGCCCCUCGUAAAGAUACAAUGUCAUGCGGAGACAUCAUUUGUCAAGACAACUUUUUGUUUGUCAGUAAAUACAUUUGUACGGUUGGACAGUGAGGUGGCUUAAUGGUAGAUGCAUUAGACUUUUAGAUAAAAAACAGUCUGUAGGUAAGUGCAGGUUAAGUCCAUUUUAUGUUGUGUGGUUAAAAUUUAGCUCUCGCAGGGUUUCUCUCCACCAAUGAGUUGAAAUAUUGCAAAUUUGUAGGACAACCUGAAAAGUUUAGAGGAAGGGGGGGUGGAGGAGUGUAAGGAAGAAACAUUCCCCAAUGGUAUUAGCAAUGUCCUUAGUUUCUCAAAAUUAUCCUAACGCGUUGAAUUACUAAGGAUAGGAGCCCAGGCUAUCGUGAACGCUUUAUCGUCUCGUCAAAUUUCAUGUUUCAUGCGAUGUGAACUCGAAACCCCGCGCAAAUUCUGAAGUUGAAAACGAUUCACACAUCGAAAUCCGUUACUGGUAAACUAUACAUUCAAUUUAACAGACUUUUCAUCAGUGCUUGCGGUGGAAUGAGGUGAAAUAGACAGCGUAAGAUGACAGAAUAGCCGCAGGUUGCGUUCAUCUACCGGCUCUUACUCACAGCUCUGCUUGAUGACCGGAUCAUGAAUGUUUGUUUUGUCAUAGAUGAAAGUUUAGGGGAACAUGGAUCAGAAACACGAAGUCUUCUUGAAGAGACGCUGACAGAUGACAAGGUGGGGGAGACAGCUAGUCUGCUUGAGCCUCCUGCAGACCCAAAUCAGUCUGGAGACCUGUUGGAACAGACACUGGUGGAGGAAUCCCCUGAUAAGAGUCACGCUCUUGAUGAUUAUGACGAUGAUGACUUUACUGGGUCCUCUGGUGGCAGCACAAACAGAGGAAGUGGAAAGGUAUUAUAUUUUCCUGUUUGGGGGAGCCCAAGUUGUUAGAACUGUAUGAGUUUUAGGUCUAAAGCCUUUACACCUUAACAUCAGUAUGCAUAUUCUCCAUACUGCUCUCCAUACAUUUCUUAAGAAGCUGAUAAGGAGAAUUUGUUUAACGAUCAACAGCUUCUUUAGUUGGUGAUCAUUUCCUUUGUUCCCGUGACCUUAGUGUGUGAUUCAGGGUUGAUAUUGUAAGGAGAAAUUAGAUGUUAGUCACCUUUAGGAAUCAAAGGGUUGAUGUGGACUGAAUCAAUUGUUGGAAUUUUCUGCGUGCUUCUCAAAUUUGUAUGCUUUCUUUAGAAUGCAUCUUGAAGUCAAACGAUUUGAUGAGCAGAAGGGCAUUGUUUGUUUGUUUGUUUGUUUAUCACUCUUCCUAGUUUCUUAUCAAGAGAUGCUGUAUCAUCCACAGGUUUCUCAGCUGUCAUAUAAUGUAGAUUAAAGGGUAGUUCUUCUCUAGUUAAUGUAACUUUGAUUUUGCCAACUAAGGCUACACCUUUUUGUAUGUUCGUCAGCUAUUCUAAGAUUACUCAUUGAGCUUUUUUCUCCUCACGUAUAGCGCACCCCGAGCCCUAACAGAAAGACAGACGAGCCUGUGUACUCAGAGACAUUCGAGAGUCCAGAGAACAAGACAAGCUCUCCCAAUAAGAACGACUCUUUGCGAUCUCCUAACAGGAGUUUGGAAAGUGGUCCCCUAUCACCCACACUGUCAGAAGGAGAGUUGUCUCGUGUAAGCGAGGCGGUUGACAAAUCUUCAACCUUUUCGUCUACACGGGUAUGGAUCUAGCAAGUGUCGAUUUGACCAAACGUUCUUGAAGGUUGCUAAAUGAAACCCAAUUUGUUCGUUGUGACAUUGUUGUUGACAUGCGUAGAAGUUUCCUUAUGGUUUUUUUAUAAAAAUAAAGAAACACAGCUACGCUCGUGGACGAACCCCGUCAAGUCAACACAGUAUUUCCAUAUAUAUGAUUAUCAUCCACAGAAUGUUUUACCAUAUUUCUACGAUAGAACACAGCGGUUAAACGUCGGGCAUGACAGGAUCAAUUUUGGCCACCCGUGCGCCAAUUUCCCACGCAAAUUCCGAAAGUAAACACAAGAAAAUAAGCGAAAGUAAAUUGAAAAGUUCAUAGAAAUCUGUACAAGGAAAGAAAGUUAUGGAAAAAGAGGACUCGAAACUUUUCAAACACAAAGCUGAUUUUAGUACGGGUAUCGUGCUGAUUUAUCAUUUUGUUUUGAACCUUACCACAAAGAGUUUUACGCUUCUAAAACACCGCGAUGUAUUUGCUUAUGUGUUUGUUAGUAAAUCGUGUGAGAAAACUUAGUUCAGACAGCUUGAAAGCACACUUGGUUAUUACAACGUGCACACAUGUGCAGACGUUUGACCGCUGUGUUCUACUGUAGAUGCCAGGGUUAUUACAAUUUGGAAUAUGAUGCGCUUUUCAUUUUCCAGUAUUUUAUGAUGAAAUCUAUUUUGUGAAAAGCUGAACGUUUUUAUUGCCAUUCAGCGUUCUCCUUCAAGGGACCAAGACUCUCAAAGCCCUGUCCCCCCUUACGCAGCGCCGAUUUACCCACCGCCGUCAGUGUUUACGCCAUCGCAUCAAGGGGGUGACCGGCUGUCACCUGGAUCUCUAGACGUGAGGCUCACUGCAGAACUGAAUAGAUUGGAAUACAUGGAGGAAUCGGUCCGACAACUGACUGACGUGGAGCGGACUCGGGCAGUGUCCAUGGCACAACAAGAAACUGUGUCUUUGGCUCAGAUACUCAAGGUGAGUGUAUGGAUCAGUUUUUCAUUGAGUGUCAUUUUAUUGGUAAUCCGGGAUGGUGACUGCUUUACGUUUGCUUAUAGAGCAAUUUUCAACCUAUUGAUGAGCAGAAGGGCAUUGUUUGUUUGUUUGUUUGUUUGUUUAUCACUCUUCCUAGUUUCUUAUCAAGAGAUGCUGUAUCAUCCACAGGUUUCUCAGCUGUCAUAUAAUGUAGUGAUGUACAACUUACUUCGCUCUGUGAUUGGAUCCUGAAAACUCGCGCCAUCCUCUCAACCAAUCAGAUGCAAAACUAAAAACAAUCACAGCUUGGUCACCCGCGUUUUCCCGCGCUUUAGCCAGUUUGACUGUUCUUGCUUUGAGUUCUCAUUGGCUCUUAAAGGUGUUUCCCCUUCUGAUUGGCCGUUGUGACUACUUUGGUUUUGGUAUUAUGACACAACUGGAAAAAUUUUUGUUUACUUUGAUUGGUCUAGAAAACUCAAGUCACUCUCUCAUCCAAUCGGUUGCAGACUAAAACUAUUCUUGACUUGGUCGUCCCAGUUCUCUCGUGCUUCAAGCAAUCUUUGAUGGCCCAUUAUUGUAGAGUCAUUGUGGCUUUUUCAAUCAAUUAUUUUCCAUUUUCAUGUUUGUUGAUGGUAUUGUUGUUUGUUUUACUGUUAGUCGAAACAACUGUCGCACGCCAGAGACAUGGAGAAUCUUAGGGCCAAGGCUCGUGAGGAAGCGUUAGAGGCAGCUAAGCAACUGGAAGAGGUAAGGCGCAAAAAUAGAAGGAUCGCACUAGGAUUUAUAUGCUAAUAGAGAAAUUUCCAAUUCAGUGUCGAAAGUAAUACGAGAUUACUUUGGUUUUGCUUCAUUUCGCCCUGUGAUUGAUCCAGAAAACUCGCACCACUUUAUCAACCAAUCAGAUUCAAAACUAAACCCAAUCGCCUUUUGGUUACUAGCGUUUUCCCGCGCUUCAGGAAGUUUUUUAAUUUGAGCUCCCAUUGGCUCCUUCUGGUCUGUCCCUUAAUUCUGAUUGGUCGUUUUGAUUACUUUGGUUUAUGUUUUACCACAUUCAAUUGAAAAGUACUCUAUUCACUCGAAAAAUACUUAUUUCAAUAACUUAAAAGUUAUUCAAGUUUGAUUAAUUCAAGUACCCAGUCAACUCCUUUAUCGCGCCUAUGGAGACCACAAAAUACGCACAGCUCGCCACAUUGUUUUUUAAAAAUUACCCAAAGCUGAAGGAAUUCCUUGAAGAAUUACUUGGAGAAGAGGAAAACAUAAAAGGGAUAAUGAAAGAGAGGUAGAGAGAAAUUAGGACGUUGUUGACGUCAGAGAAAAUUUGACCUAGUUAAACAAGGAAACAGAAACAAUUCAAACAGUCCAAUUUGUUCCAGACACUCGAGCUGAGUUCUGUAUUCUAGACCAUGUUUUUUCUAGUGACAAGUUUUGCUGAACAAUGUUCUUGUCGUGCGUGGCAUUUAAAAUCACUACUUAUUCAAGUAUGGCCGUAAAGAUCUGUGUCGACAAACUUCUGUAUAGUCUUAUUUUUUUCUUAUUACCCUACUGCCCUUUUAAGAUCUUUAAUAUUGUACCGAUUUUCAGGCCCGACGUGCGGCGGCGGAUGCUGCUGCAGGAGCAGCUGAGACGAUUGCUCGAGUGAGACUGGAGGCGGCUGCUAGCAUAUCAGAAUCCGCCGACCGGCUAGUUACGGUAAUGCAGCUUGUGACUUGUUGUAUUCAUUUGUUGGUCUUGUAGUUGUCGUUGAUUGGUUGCUGAUUUCUCCCUCUGUGUUUUAUUUCCCUUAGGUUCAGAGUGAAGCUGCACGAACCACAGCCGAGUCAGCUAAACAAGUUGAGGAGGUUGGUGUUUUAACUCAUUGUAGCCGCUACAGUUAUGUAGGACUGCGUGCGUGUUUCCCUACCCCCACGCGCGAAACGUUGCACUGACCUCUCGUGUGUCUUCUUUUCACCUGAAUUAAUGUAAUAGUCCGCCAUCUGGUGAUCCAGCCUGAGCAGCACCAAGAAAUAUUUAGAAAAAUAACUUCUAUGAAAGAGAUUUAACUUACAGAGCGAUUUUCCCCCCCUAUACUUGGAUUACCAACUCGCCAAUUUUUUUAAAAAUGUGUCUUGAAAUGAUGUUCCACAUUACUUUUAUGUUGAGAUUUCUUUCCCUUACUUUCCAGGCCCGCUCAUCAGCCGCGCGGACAUUAUUGGAGGUUGCUAAGCAACAGACCGUUGACACACGUGGUGUUGCCGCUGAAGCAGCCAGUGCAGCCGCAGAAGCAGCCGUCAAGAGCAGCAUGGCGCGAUUUCACGAACAGCAAGAACAACUGUUGAGAGAAAGAGAAGCACGUCUAAAAAGCUACCGUGACAGAAGUCGAGACGUGACGCGUGACAGUUACUCCAGUUACUCAACCAGCCAGCGCAGCGACAGCUAUUCUAGAACAAGGACCCCACGGUCAGAAACUGAUGCGGUAGACUGGGGAUCACAAUCCAAGGGAAGUGCUAGUAAGAGUAGGACGAAUGUUGGUGAUGAUGUGGAUGUUUCACGAAGUUCUAAGCAAGAUAGAACUGUAAGGUAAAUAAGUAUACCGUCGGUUUACGGCAUGUCUUUAUUUCUGUAUGUAAAGCUAAUAAGUACGAUGACAAGUGCUUAUGCAAUAGUUCCACCAUUGUCCGUUGCGUAACGAGUAAAGGUAGCCAAAUGCAACUUGAGAUAUAUCAAGAAAAACAAAUAGCUAAUUAAGAUAUAUCAAAGUGUUAAAGACAGCCUUAUAUACCAUGUUCUAGUUUAUUUCUAUCCUAUCGCGUAAAAAAAGAUGAUUGAACGAAGACUGUUUCUGUUUUAUCUUGGUGAAAAGGAAAAGAACAAAAACUCUUCCCUUCUCUUUUUUGUCUCGUUUACAUGUUUUUUUUCUCACAGAUAAUUCUUGAUGGAGAUCCGUUUCAAGGGCAAUCGUGUUAAACUAGCGUGUGUUGAUGUGUUAGUGCAGUUAUCAGACACACGACAUUUAUCAUUUACAUAACAAAAUGGAAGUAUACCUUGCAUUGAAGAGAAAGGAAGCAUGUUCGAGCGUUUAAUUCUGUGUUUCAUAGAAACAUGGAAAUGCCUUGGGCUGUUGACACUUUUUAAGGGAAGAGAGCAUAAGUUAACAAAUUUAGAAUUUUAAGCCAAGUGACGGCAGUAAAGCGAGAGAUUUCCUUUUUCUUCGUAGUAUUUUUUUUUCAGUUUUGAUCGAUUUGAAAAGAACUCGCGAAGUUUUAUAGCAAUCGCGGUGAUGGAUUGGAGAACAACCCCCCGCGGCUCAUGUUUCCACAGAAUUGCUUUGUUCAACCAAACUUCAACAUAUGCCACGUAAUUAUUUUUUUAGGGGAUAAAAAUCAUCAUGUGUUACAACCCUUUGUUCGGUUGGCUUUGUUUACUCGUGUCCCGAAACGGCUUUUGUCCACAAAUAAAAUGAUUUCAGGUUAACUUGUUUAGCGGCAAGCCGAUUUAGAAAGGACUGUCAAGUUAUUUUACCACGAGGAAAAAAGAGAGAAAGGAACCAAAAAACUCAAACUGUAACUGUAACCUGACGAUCACAUCUUUAUUUUAUUACUUUAUUUCUAGCGUUCGUACAGCAAGUGAUCUAUCAGUGGACCGUUCUGCCAGCCACAGCCGGCGCACCCCCACCCGGUCAGAAGCUGCUUCGCGCUCGCAUCACUCAACACUAGCAGGGGAGGAGUCGGGUAGCAUUCCCGAAGAAGUUGAUCACAGUGUGGCUGAUAGCGUUGCAUCCGAUCUUGGACUUGACCUGGCUGAUGAUGACUCUAUAGCUGACGUGUUGACGGGAGAUGACCUCAAAAAACCAUCAGGUAAGUACGGGAAAAGACAGCUGUACAGUCACUCGUCUGGUGGGUUUAACCCUUUGGCUCGUAAGGAAGACCAGCAUCUAAUUUCUCCUUGUAAUAUCUCCCUGAAUUACAUUUUAAGGUCGCGAGAAAUGAUUACCAACUAAAGAAGCUCGUGAUUGUUAAACAGAUUCUCUAGGUUACCACCUUAGGAAAUCUAUGAAGAACUGUAUGGAAACGCUAUGUGUCUUACCCAUGCCAAAUGGGUAAGACACAUAUUUUCUUCACGUAUCAGCCCUCUUUAAAUGCGAUAAAUAUGAGAAAGUGUUUUAUUUUCUUCCGCCUUCCUCCUUAUGUACUGAGGGGGAGGUAACCCGUUAGUCUGUUCAGUGCAAUUGUGAGAGAACCUAUGAACUGGUAUGUUGCAACACUUAUCAACUCACUAUUGGCAGUGAACAUUAACGACUCAGCUAACCUUGAAAUAAAAUGAUUUAGAAAUUUCUUUUUGCUCUUUCAGAACGCUUAGAAAGGUCACCGGAAGAAGACUACACGCUGAACUUCGAAGAGACAGUGAUGUCAUCACACACUGCAACAGAUGACGAGAUUGACUUCCGAAUGAUUCUUCCAUCUGAGAGCCACAGACGGAGGAGCCUGGGUAAGACAGGAAGGCGCGGCAGCAUAGGUUCUGACCAGGGGACUGUAUCUUACUCGUCUGUAAGUAAAUAUGAGUUUUAACGUUGUAAAAUGAGAUACUAAGUGGAAAUCUACAAAGGUAGUGUCACAAGGUAAUUAGACGACUACAAAAUACUGUUUACUGAAGUUGAUAUCCGAAAAAUCCUUGGGGAAAGUGUGAAGGCAAUAUCACCAUCGCUCCACUUCGUUUUGAUUGUUGUUAUUUUGUCUUAAUCGAUGGUUUGGCAUAAUACGCAAAAUAUAUACACAAACGAGAACAUUUGAGUGCCCAUAAUCGCAGACAGAAUAAAUACGUUUCACUUAAAAAUUCGUCGCGUAUUGAGUGAAACUAAAAUAAAUAAAUCCAAUUUGAAGUAUUAUUUUGUGGUAGCGCAGAAGAAUAGCUUUUCUUUUCCAGUGGCGUGCUUUCAUGCGUGUUUCAGCCUUUUUUAGGGCCUAACGCCUUUGAUAUGUUGGUGGUGAUGUAUUAUUUUUCCUGGUUUUAGGACGAUAACCAUGAUUCUCAGGAUUUUCCGGUUGACAAGGUAGUUGUUGAUUUAUUUACUUUAGCUGGCUAAUUGUAAUAAGCGAUCAUGAUAGGGCUUGAUACUUAAAAAUAGGAUUUUGUUUUAGGAUUUUUCGAACAUUAGAGGAUUUUUAGACGAUAAUUUUUAGAAGAAUACAGCCGUUAGCUUAAAAAAUUCACGUAGUUCGUAAAGCCUUCCUCGGAGUUCUUCCAUUGUUUCCAAGCGGGCUUCUUCUAUACAAAUACUACUGGUCAUUGGUUAAGAUCCUAAGUUGUGUUUCCAGCAUGCCUUUUUAAAUCACUGUGAGACCUCAGUGCCUGAGACAAAAAUUCGAGAUUUUAGGACAUGAUAGUGGGAUUAAUCGACAAUUUUUUUGAUAAUUUCCGGCCAAAUGUUUUGGCCAUUUUUCUGGAUGAUGGUAUUUAGGCCAAGUCUCUCCCCCUCCCCCUCUCCCUCCCCCUCCCCCUCCCCCCUCCAACCACAGGCGAUGAAUAAUGACUGGUCCCUAACCCUUCCCUUUUUACCCUAGACGUUGGAGGAGUUUUCCUCAGCGCCAUUUUCCGGUGAAGAUUCAUUCUCUCAGUUCACGUCCGAAAUGGUCCGUUUGAUGAAGGAGGAAGAAGUUCGAGCCAAACAUCAAGCUGGGCUUCUACGCCUGCGCGAAAAAGCCCUGAAGGAAAAGACACGAGCCGAGAUGGCCUGGCUUGAAUGUCAGAAGCAAAGGCAUCGGGACAAGGGCGCUGAUGACGUCAUGCCGUCAAUUAGGAAGCGGCAGCGAGGAGUUUUAAUGAGACUUCAAGCUGAACAGGUCGGUGGAGGAAAACAUGUUUGUACGCGGAAAUUAGUAUUAUGCGAAAUUGUGCCGAAGAGACUGUUGUAAUGUCAACCUGUUUUAAUUCAAUUAAUUCUUUUUUGGGAAAUCUUUGUGAAUUAUUCUGAGAAAUUUCCGAGCAGCAUUAUUUGUGACUGUCGUCACAUUGCGCGGUUCUCGUGACUGUGAUGAUGACUUUCGCCCUGGUUGCCUUUCACCAAAAUUAGUUCUGUGUGGAACAUGUAAGGCCAAACUUACUCGUACGAUCUACCUUUAUGAUCUCUUAAUACAUCCCUUCCUAAGUCAUGUGUUGUUGCAAUAGUGAAAUGAUCUUCUACGAGAAUUUAUUCUCUAACACCACGUCAAAUCACAUGAGCAAUUUCCUGUUUUGGUCUAAUUCUUGUCCUUACGAGGAUUUGCCAAAGAUCACUUGAAGUCUCCUUCUGUUUUUAAACCAGUAGGGAUGUAGUCAUAAUAUCUUAAGGAGAUUAAUUACGUCGUUUAAUUUGUAAUUGUUGGGUUUUCAUGAUGUUAUUUUUGCCUCUGUCAGGCGGAGAUUAAACGUCUGAAAGCUGCGAAUCGCGCAGCCAGCUACGAACGGCGUUUGUUGUUGAUGCAACAGGAGGAGAUUGCAAGACUGAGAAAAAACACCAAGAAAGUCCGAGAGAGGGCGGCUACAGAGCAGGCGGUGCACGGACAGGAACGGACUGAUAACCUGAAAACUGGAGAAAAGGACUCUGCAGAACAGGCAAAGGUGAGGUGUAACAGAAAUUAAUCAACCUUUGGCAUAUAAUUACUAAUUCAAGGGUGAGGGGGGCAAGGGGUGGGGACUUAAAAUCCUGUAUUAUUUCGGUUUUUGAGAAUUAAGGCGCAGCACAAUGAGGUCCUCUCUUUAUGCUCUUCUUUCGUGAAUGAUUCCCUUAUAGUCGUUUUCAUAUGAGUGCUCUGUCUUUAAAUUGUGACGUGAAUUAUGUGAAGAAAACUUACAUUUCAUUAAUCAAGACAUAUCAGGGAAGGACGGGUUCAAGUCUAUUCGAGGCCUAAAUUAUUUUUUUUAUUAUGCUUGCUUUCCACAUUUUCUCUGACUGCAAUUUACUUGUGAAAAUGUGUUCCUUACGUAACAUUUACAGAUCUAAUCUGGUUUGAUGUGUUUAUUUUUUUUUUGCGAUAAAGAUUGCAUUGCGGUGAGCAGAACACCGCUAACCCCACUAGCAAGGUUAUUAGGAACAAGUAGCGCUCAAUCGAUAUCUGAGACGUACUGACUGGUUUCAGCCCUGCUUAAACUUAACUUUAGGAAGUUUCUUUAUAAUAAUUAAAUGUAAAUUGGAGUUCACAAUGUGACGCUCUCCAAGUAUAUUCAUUUGUGGUCAUUUAAGGCAUCUAUAUAUGUUCGUGCUGAACUCACGAAAGGCACGCCAUAAUAGAAAUAGAACUCCUCAUUUUGGAAUUUCUGGGAUGUAUGGAGUUACAUUCGUCUGAUAAGCUACGUUAUUAAUAAGUAUGAGUUGUUUGAAUUUUGCCUUAUUUAUUAGUGUAGUCUUUGUUGCGUGCCUUUCUCCUGGCUUUACGAACAGGAAGUGUGCUGUCAACAAAAUGUCAUCGAAGCAGUUUUUUUUUCGUGAAAGCUCUCUUUCGUAGUUGUCGAUCGCGUGUAUCUUUCUGAACAGCACUGUGUGUUCGCGUGACUUGUUUGUAAAUUUUUAAUGUUGCGUGCACACUUCAAGGACCUGUCUUUAUUUAUAGCUUGGGGGUUGGGGUGGGGGGCUGGAGGGCUGGAGGAUUUUGGGCGCGUCAGUAAAAUCCCCCCUAAGAUUCUCUAGUAUUCUGGUGAUCCUCCCUCACUGACAGUCAAUUUUCUGCAGUUCCCCUUUCAUACUCUGUUAGUUACGACUGACCCUCUAUUACCCAUUUUCCCAGAAAACCAUGCGAUCCCCUCCCCCUCCCCCCCCCAAAAUAAAACUUCGAGCGGUGGCGGAUCCCUUACCACUCAGCGUAGCGCUGGUCUCUCUCUGGAAGUGACAUGUACUGCACUUUUGCUAUCAUUUGCAGGGAUGUGUCGCUGCCACCUUUAUUUUUAUUUAAGGAUGCGCCGACCCACCAACCCCAGGUUUUAAAUCUCAUGUGCUGUCAUUCUAGUAAUCAUGUACCUUUCUUACGUACCCAUAAUAACCCUUUGACCUCUAUGAGUGAUCACACCAACCCAAGAAGUUCCUGAUUGUUUAACAAAUUCUCCAUGUCAGUACCAAAGGAAAUGUUUAGAGAACAGUAUGGAGAAUAUGUAUACUGAUGGUAAGGUGUAAACGGUUAAACGACUUGUUGUUAUUGGCUCUUAUGAGAAUCAAUUCAUUAAUUCUUUCUUUUACUCUGUGCUCAUUAGUUGAUUUCAUCUUGUAUAAUCUCUCUUUCAGAGCGAGGCUGAAUCGACUGAGGUGGUCGAGGAGUUGGAUGAGAAACCCGCAGAUCAUUCCACUGGCAGUCGCUCAUCCGUCUCAGAAGACAUCAAAACUGCUUCACUUUCGGCCUCAGCUGCAGCGAGUAUCGCUGAAGAAAUCCCUACCCACCAGUCUCCAGGAGCCAGUCGAGCCGAGUCUCGUCCGUCCAGUGCUGAGUCUGGUACUAGCGAGAGGAAGAGAAGAUUAUCAGAGGGAGACAGUGACGAAGGCUCUGCUAAGGAGGGGACUGUGUCCGCCACUAAAGGAUCACCAACAGCUUCAGAUUCUACUGUUAUGCAGAAGUUGAAAAAGUUAAAACAUCAAUCCAGCGAGAGGUCAGUUGUUUAUAGGGAUUGUAUUGAAUAACGAGUUGCGGGAAGUAAACUGGCCGAGCUCAACCCUCAUGUUCCAUUCAUUAGCUGAAAAUUUUGUCACCUAAAAUCGUGUUUACAAGCCGUGGAAUGUUACGGUGGAAGUUGUAUUUGGAGAGGAAGGGUUGGGAGUUGGAAUGAUAAAAAGGAGACCUAGAAUUGGCAUUAAACAGUGUGUCGAGAUGCCUGCCUGCCAAAUUUUGGUGUCAGUUUGAUCGAAUAAAAGCUUGCAGAUUUCGUGCGCCAUACUUAUGAAAACAUCGAAAACGGUUGUGUUACAAGUGCAAGUCCUAAAAAAUCCAUUGUUUGAGUCGUCCUUGCCAAAAGGUGUCUACGUUAUCUAUGAGUGCAAGCAAUCUGCCUUGUGUAACUAUCUCAUUCUUAUCGUUUGGCAACACCACGCAUUAAAUAUAGUGGAAGGUAUGAUAAAGCUCGUUUGCCUUUGCUGCUAUCAGCUGCUUCAUGAACUUUGUGUCUGAUAUAAAAUUUUCUCGCAGGAAGUGAAGGUAGGAUUGUCUUUCCGUGCGAUUUUGCUCUGAACUUGUAGAUGUCUACAAACCUCGGCUUGUUACGAACAGAGGCCGGAAGUUGACUAUGUGAAAAGCUAACAAAUUGUUCAAGGAACUGCAGCUGUCUGAGGGCUUUUCCUUGAGACUUGCUGUUGUACUUAUUAGUAUCGAUUUUGUUGGAUUUUUUUUAUUUGACUGAAAUGAUGAUUUGCAGUGACUAGGGUAUGUUCCGUUUUGUCGUGUAAAUUUCAUACUUGUGUUGUUUUCGUUUUCCUAUGGUAAGUGUUCAGCCAGGUCACGCUUUGUCUGGUCCUGUUGUUCGUGCCAUACAUGUCUAUGAAAAGGAAUCAGUGCUAUUUACACAAGUAUUUUUCUGCCUUUGAUAGCUUAUGUAAAAUUUUAGACGUUUGGCUUAUAUCUGAGAGAGGAAAUGAACAUUUAGGAUAUCAUGCGCUGAUCAUGUGCUAUACAAACUGUUGUUUUGAUUUGAAUAGCCAGCCAAGUGACCUGUUAAAGCUCUCCUUUGUUGAUCUUACGGUUGUCGGCGUUAAAACCAUGAGUAUUGUUCGUGUGCUCUACAAUUUCGUUAUUUUUUUUUUAUAAAACGUAUACGGUAAUCAAUCAUGAGAAACGUUUGAGUCGAAAAGUACAAACAAGGAAGUGAAAAUGAAACCGGUUGAAUUACAAAGACGAUAAGUGCGCCAGUCUAGGACUUUCGCUGCUCUAUAAGUACGACUGAAUUGAAUUAAGCUCUCUCUUCAAUUAAAUUUGCUGUGCACGAUGAUUGUUCAGGCUAAUUGCUGACCCCUUAAAUAUUUGCUAGGACAGCUUAAGACCUUUGUCUUCUACAAAUAUUGUUUAAUUCCUAGUCAGAUCUGUCCCGGAAAUCUCAUACAAAACUUAUCCAACACUUGAAUGACAGUGCUAUUUUGAGGUAAAACAUCGACGAUAAGAUUCUUGUAUUAAAUCUGUAUGUUUACGGAAGGCAAUAUCUUGAUAAUAUAACUGAUUUUUUUUUGAGAUCGUGAUGUUCCUAAAGCAUAUCCGAACACCAACAUGCAAAUAAUAAAGCUAUCAAAUUUCUUCUUCAUAAAUCUUUGAUUUACGUGAAAUUUUCUAGCUCCUUCCGGAAACGCGAAGACAAAAUUCCGAACGGUAUUUUCACGAUUCAUCGCUUUUGAAUGAGCCUAUUUAACAUCUUAAAUUUUAGUGGGUUUCUGCCGGCCAGCCAAUAUGAUGAUAAGCCGAGGCAUAUCCCGGAGCGGUAAAUUCUUCCAGUAAUUGACAACUACUGACGUAAGCAGCGCCUCACAUUCUGUGAUCGGUUUAGCGACUCAACUGUCAAUGCCGACAAUGGUGUCUUCUGUUGUGUGUCCGGUGAGUUUUGAUGGCUUAGAUUCAAGGUUAUCCAAACAGUAGUCGCUAUUUGACGACUUUCUGUAUUUGCUAUUGUGUGUUAAGCGGCGUCGUGAUUUUCAUCAGUGUUUUGUUGACAUUCGAUAGAUUUUAAAUUCAGACUGUGUGGAUUAUGUCAUUUUCAUUUUUAAAACGCGUAAUAAUUUCAGGGACUAAUUUUUUUUUAAUAUUUACCUUGGGUGAAGUGGUUUGAAUUUGACUUCUUCCAAUCGAUUUACGGCCGUAAUAUUUUAUGGAAACCUGGUUUUUGCCUAUGGUAGACCAACGAAAUUAUUCAUUUGUUAAUUUAAAAUGGAUCGUGUAGAAUUUGACAACACAAGAUGUAAUACACUAUUUAAAAACACUUAUCUUUCGUUGAAAACUUAAGUCCAAAUGUACUGAUAGUAAUUAACCGUCGUCAUUUUAUACUACCGUGACAAACGGCUCAAAAAGUAUUUUUAUUUUUUAAGGGAUUCAUAGCGUUUAGAGUUUCCUUUUGCGUCGAAUAUGCAAACAGAACUUAGAAUUUAUAAAUUUAGACAUGUCGUCACACUUCGUUGGAUACUGAAGCACGUUCCACCAAUUUUAAACAGCUCUUUGAAUAUUUUCAAAAUUAUUUCCACAAGUUGUCACAGCGAAAAAAAACUACACAUUCAGUGGAAAUAUCCAGCAUACCCGAUUCAGAUUUCCUUCAAUGGCCGCUGCCGCUUUUUGUAUUUAAAACUAAUCUGCUAAUUGCUUUCGGAAUCUACUUUUCUGGAGUAAUUUAGUUUUUUUUUCCGCCGAUCUAUGCUUUGUAUGCUGUGCCGUAAGCUUCGCAGGUGAGAGUGUAUUUGGGACUUAUUGAAAUGUUGUGAUUUAUAUUUGCUAACCACCUGUAAGGACAGUCUAUUUUCAAGUGUGUUGAGUUGGAGAGAGGAUAUACCAUGAGUUCUUCCUCUCAAUCCUCAGUCAAACAUUAUUUCUUUGCUCAAUACAGACAACCGUAUUAUUUUCUUUGCUAGUACCGCGUAAGUGUCUUCAGAACAAACAAAUUAAGAUAUGAAAAUGAAAAUAAAUUUUUCUAACGGGUUAAAUUUCCUUCUCUGUCGUUUGCAAGUGGCAGCACAGUUCGUUUUUAUUUCAGGACAAGUAAAACAUUUCAAAUUGUUUUUUUGCGGUCUCUCGACGACUCAGAACCUUUAUAGCGGUUUAAGUUAUCUUCUUUACCUCUCGCCUCUUGGCAACAGCCAGCCAUCGUUAACCGAACUACAUCUUUUGCGUUCGCGAAACCUUUUUUAAGUUGUCUUGUAUUUGUGUGCCACCCAUUCUGUUCGCUUGUGGAAAUGAUUAUCACUAGCGACGAGAGGCAAAAAGACUCGAACCAAUAUUGAACUAAACAAAACUCAAAAGCAGUGUCAUUUUGAAAUGUCCUUUACUCUUUAGUUUUGGACAAUUCUUAUUGCUUUUAGUAUUAAUGAAACUUUCCUGCAGAAUCAGGUUUCACCUACAGCUAUUCGUGUGAUGCUUGUGGCGUUGAGAUAUUAAGGUCGUUUUUUAGGAUUCGUUGAGGAAUUACGACCUAAAACUUCUCAACAAAGUUUCUCUACAAAGUUUUCUAGAAAGUCCCUAUUCACGUGCUCCGAAAAAAAAACACGAUUAGCAAGAAUACUGUGGACUCCUGCCAGAAUGAGACGUAGAAAUGAAAACAAAUAAAAGAACCGGUAAAACAUUGCGAAGCCCUAGCGGUAAUCACUUGUCGUCGCUGAUCAAAACCCGCGUAAAAUCGCUUAUGCUAUUAGAAAUUUCCUGUCAUAAGGCUGUCUUAGUUAAUGGUUCCCGGAAGCCGUCUAACUGUGCAGUUUGUUGGCCAUGAUGUGGUUGUUUUUCUGCGUUAGAAGGUACUGUACUUUUUGCUUCUUUAUCAUUCCACCUGCUGUUGUUUUUUUACGGAUACGUAGACGUUUUCGCUGAUCGCUAGGUUCAAACAGUUACCCCGACUAUGAUCCAGCCGACAGUUUCUCAGUAGAAGUGAAAAUUCUUUAUUUGACGCUUUAAUUUUCAUCCGAAAACGUUUUUGCAAUUUAUUUCUGUGUUCCUUGCCAGUAUUGCUUAACUGAAAACGAACAUUACGUUUGAAAUAAUCGAAUUUCUUUUUCACAGUAACAAUCCUGAGAUUCUCUUUUAGUGAGCAAUUUGUCUUUUAAGGCGAUUCGAAAUUUAGUUUUAUUGUCAUUCUUAUAAAUUUCAAGGUAAUUUAUUAUCAGUGGUACAGCUGUCGUGUUUGCAGCUUGUUUGACCGGUGUAAUAAUCAGUGUUGAUAAAACCUGUUUGUAGCGGUUCAAUCUCUUCUUAGGACAAUCCUGUUUUUGUUUUCCGCCUCUCCUUCUAGGAGGGAAGUGUUUGGGUGAGGAGAGGAUGUUACGGAAAUUUUCCCGCUUUAAACUUACAUUGCGUGUGUUACCAAGGGCAAUUGUAUAUAUCUGGAAAUAUGUAAUUCAUGAGUUACUUGAAUGGGAUUAUGUGACUGUCUGGAAUGGAAAUACACCGGACAAUUGUUCAAAGUUUAAGUCCACUCCCUGUAUUGUUCCUGAUCCAAAACUCUGUUUAAUCGUCUUGUAGUGUGGUGUAUGACUUCAUAUCCGUCUUUACAAGCUGAUUUGGGACUGAUGCAGUUUUUCUGAGGUGCUUGUUUCCAGUGUUUUUGUCCUCUGUUUUUCGUAACUGCACGAAACGGGUACUCGAUCACGCUUCGUAACUCAGUGCAGGCGUCCAGCUCCAAGCAUUGGUGACUGAAUAGCGCUUCUUUAAAAGCAAAUGUAAUUCUGGUCGCAUUUAUUCUAACUAAUACACGGCAACUUUCGGUAGAAAUCGCUCAAGGCCUCGGGAAGUUUAUAUGUGAUUUUAAUCGGUUGCAAUACUAUCGACUCUUAAAGUUGUCGGCUUCUGCAAAAUUUCUCCAGGCAAGGCUUUCACUGAUCGAACAUAAACCGAGCUUGGUACAACAUGCGCUUUAUUGUUAACUACGUGGUAUAUCUUUUUGUACCGAUGUUUGCUUUCGUUAAUAAGUGUAUGCAUUUCUUAAUUUUCGCGCCAGAUUCUAUGUUUUGCCUUUUUGCGUUUUUUUUGUUCGUUUUUUGUUGUUGUUGUUUCUUGUUGUUUGUGUUGUUUUUUUGUUGUUGUUGAUUAUAAAUUGUGAUGUUUUUGUUUUUAUGUCGUAGGUAUCUAACUCUGCGAGAGCAGAAGCUUAUGAAACGACGGAAAGAGGCUGAAAAUCUGUUGGAGAACAAGAAAAAGCUUUUGGAAUGGGAGAAACGACUUGACAAAGAAGAAAGUCUCGUCAGGAACCUACUCAACGAAGCUCUAAAUCUCGAAAGCUCCAGGAAGCAGCCAAGGACAACCAGCAUAACAAGCGAAGAAGAAGAACAUAAAGGUACGACGUGCAUGAUAGAUUACUGAUUUGAACAUUUUUUUGUAGUAGUCACACUAAAUUCGGGGAGGCGAGUUGUAGGAAUUAGCGUAUACCACACAGGUAAAUAGUGCCUUUCGCGCGUGCUGAUUUGUUGGCUCGAAAAUGAUUAGCAAGUACCAUUCACCUCCGAGCAGCCGAGGAGGAAAAAAUCGAAUGUCAGGAGUUCAAUUUGCGACUAUUUCUCGGUACACUGACAAAAGUAGCCGACUUUAUUGGUUCUUGUGUGGUUUAUUCUUGGACAAUAUACCACUCCGGUGUCGGUGAAAGUGGUGAGUGCUUACUCUGUUGCUCCGCGGCACCGGCGGUAAAUAUUCACCAGUAUUCACCCUCUCUUCGGUAAAUAAUUGUUCAUUAUACAUGCUUAUCCUCGACAUUGCGGAAUUUAAGUUUUUUCGCUACAGAACUUCUACUUUUUGCUUCGGGAGAAGGAAAUAAAUCGGAGAGGUGAAUUACCUUUACCUGAAAGUAACCCUGCAGGCCUGACGAGCUUGUUGCGUUUCUUGUUUACGCUCGAUUGUGUUAACUGCGAGAUUUUUUCUCGGUACCGAAACUUAAAAUGUUAAUUAUGGUUGAAUGUUAUUUUUUAAGGAAUUAAGCUAUUCUGGGAAUAUUGGAAUAAAGUUUAAUUUAAUGCUUGAUUUUGUGCGUCAUAUACUCUUCAAUAGUAUAUAGAAAGCCAAAUGUUUCACGGCACGAACGUUUCAUGACUUAUGCCUCACUACGACACAAACACUGAUCAUUCUUCUUCCUUACAACAGAAUUGUUUUGUCUUAUUAAAAUGAGCUGGUUAUUUUAACAGAUCGCAGUGGUAGAGAGGCCUCUGCCAGCCUGUCAGUAUCUAGGACUCCCUCUAGUAAAGUCAUCUCCAAAGAUAGAUCCACACAAGGAACUGACAGAAUCAGUGAAUCCAUCAAGGCGGCUCGGUCGCAUGGCCACGAGCGCAGUGCCAGUGAGAGUUCAGUUGCUGAGGAGCUGAGUAUUCCCACACGUGACAGGUCACAAGAUCAGUCAGAGAGGUCACGUGACAGUUCUAUUCCUGAAGUAGACAUGAAGACCCGAUCCCAGGGUAGCUCGAUUCCCGAGGAGAUUCCAGAGGAGUAUGUCAACGAUACGUUCGAGUCGCUGGAUAGCAGUGCGACUCCAGCGCACUCCACCCCCGUGCGGAGCGAUUUGACGCUUAAGCGAGACACGUCCCCGGCUCUAAGCAGGCGAUCAUCCACAGGGGAGGGGAGCAAGAGUGAAGAGGACACCUCUAUGACGGGUGAGUUGUAUUCAAUGGUUUCCUCUCGUGGAAAACUACAGCGAAAACUCGGUUUCCCAUUGGUAAUUCUCACGAGCGGCUGGCUGGCUUACUGUUGCCUCGAUCAUUAUUGCAGGAUUACCAUAAAAAUAGUAUUCACAGCACACUCUCGUAUGUAAUCAAUUUCCGCCAACGGUGCAUUUGUGCUUGCCUAAGUUGUUGCGGAGGAGCCGCAACGACAGUUAACUUAAACGUUUUUAAAAGUGAGAAAAGUAAAAGUAAGUAAAAUCAGGAGCCCAUUACCUAGUAAAAUUUUUGUAUUGUUCCAAGUCGUGUUUCAUAUAAAAAAAAUUACCUUGGUUUUUUUUUGUUUUUAUAUUUUUUCAAGUGAAGAAUUAUAGCGCCGCUAUAUGAUCGAUGUCUGCAGAAAAUUUUCCUUCUUAGACUACUUCUUCGAUUUUCUAUGCUAUCAGCACUACGAGUAUGUUUUGUUAUUAAUAUUAUAAUUUUCUAAGGACUGAUGGCUUUUCAUCACCAUAAGAAAAUUUUUUCCUCUAGAUUGCUCUCGUCUUUCAAGACAAUAGAAAAUUAUUUGAUUUUUUAUUCUUUAUCUCAGCUCAACUCUUUUGAUCCAGUUGUUGUAAACCAGUAUUGUCUGUUAAGAUGUUCGUAUUUCUUGAAUUUCUACGGCUUUAGAUGGAUUGUGAAUUCAAAACGUUAGGGGCUUAUUUUCCACAACUUCUUUGAUUAUGUUCAGUCGGAGGGCAUCGUGAAUUGUACACUCGUGCUUGUUAAAAUGAUAUUGUCUUGUGUAAUAGUCGCCGUGUGUUAGUAAGCUCUCUUUACAUUACGAUAAUGCUACGACGUUAUUAGAGUGCUUACUUACUUAUCAAACCAUUUUGUUUUGGUGAUUGUUCAUUUUAAGAAUGACACGAGGAUCCCGUUUUUUUUGUAAUUUAUGUGUCCAAAAAUUGUUCAUUUGUGUUUUUGUGUGAAGAAACACGAGACAAUCUUUUAAAUGCAGUGGCGGGGUUUUUCUAAAGGUUCUUCUUCGGAGAAAGUCCAAUAUCAGUUUGAGUGCACGAUGCUGACGUAUUUUCCGAGUUUGGGUUUUUGAAGCACGUACCAAAUUGUCGCUGUUUAAAGUGAAUCCGUACGUGUUGCGGACUACGAGGCUUUUAAGAAUUAGUAUCUUAGUAGAAAUUGACGCAACGAAUAGUUUCAUUACACGAGUUGGACAUUUAAUAUUCCAACUAAUGGUUGCGAAACAUCGAUGAGGAAGUUUAGCUGUGGGCGAGAAAAGGAAAUAAUUAUGAUAUCAUCAUCCCCACAACAUGGUAAUUUGCAUAACAAAGUCAUUUUAAACAUCCUUCAUCGAACGCCCGCUAAAUUCUCUGUCUUUUUUCAUUUUUUUCCUUUUUGCUUACUUUCGCUCUGGUUUGUUAAUAGAAAAAAAUUAACAAAGAUUUUUCCAAGAGAGGUAUUGUCAACAGAGUUCAAUUUUUGAUUCCCUUGUUAUUUGUAGAACUGCGUUACAACUCAUGUUAUCACAUGCUAUCGCCUCCAGUAAAGUUUCCAUAGGAUUUCCAUGUGCUUUAAAAAAUGCACUGAAUAUUUUGCGCCGACACCAUUUUGAAAUAACUUCCCUCACGAGGAAUGACGGGACGGUAGAAUACUUGUGGUUAUAUUUAUUACUUACGUUGCUGUUCAGCAUUGCGUGUUUCGUGGAACGAAUGUAACACUGGUUCUCUUUGCCUUGCGUACUUUGAACCAUUACAAGUUCCGCUGCUUCUUCGUGCGUUAUGUUUGACCGCUUGUCGUAAGUUUAAACACUUUUCUUUUCCCUAUGAUUUCAUUGUCAACAGUAAUGAAGGCUGCAUCAGGCCGAGCGAGGUGACCUUUUUAUUACGGUGACGCAAAUUCCGUUUCUUCAUCCGAAUUAAUGGUCUCUAAAUCUUUCCUACCGUUUGAAAUUGGUUUAACUUGAUUUUCUUCUUCUAGGUAUGAAGUUGUUGUCUGUUGUUCUUAAAUCGUUUUUAAGGAAAGGGCGACCAGAAGAACUGUUUAAAGACAAGAGUGAUUCCACGCAUCAAUUAUUGAACGAGAUCUUUUAAAAUUUUUUAAAACGUAUGAUUUUGGUUUCUUCAAAUUAACAGCAUUCAAUUGAGAGGGUGUAAAAGAGUUUGGAGUUCCUUCCGUUUUGUAUGUUUUGAAGUCUGCAUUAUUUCCAGUUAAAACAAUUUAUCUGUUGCCAUCCGUAAUGGUUGCUCAACCUUUUCGAUGUUACCUUUUGUUAACUGUUUUAAUUUAAUGUUGCAAGGGGAAUCCGACAUGGCAAAAUGCACGCUUCCCGAUAAACUACGUAUUGAUCGCAAACAGUUCCAAAGGCCUGUUCGGUUAAAGCGUGGUUAAACCUUGCUCUGCUAACUAAAAAUUUGUUUCUAGAAUGAUCUCUCUUCGUUGGAAGAUCUAGUUGCUUUUAAAUUUGUUGAACAUGACAGUAACGGCAAAAAUGAAUUCCAUUUAUGCUCACUUUCUUCCAGUCCUUAAAUCAAUCUUGUGGAAAAAUUGAAAACACUUUUUGUUCUCAUUAAACUCAAAUAUUUCCAUAAAUGUGCCCAGAAGGCUGAAGGAAUCGGUAAGAAGUUCAAGUCUUGCCGUUUUCCGUAAACGCCUAACUUCACUGAUAGCAAGUUUCGCAUGAAGGGAAGAGCAUUCGACUAUGGGCAGUUGUACCAAAGAUACACAGCGGGUUUGAAUGGCCUAGACGCACAAGCCAAAGAAAUAUUACGUUUUUUCCUCUAUCUUCUUGUUACUCGAGACCUUGAGAUAUGAAGAUGCAUAGUCAGUCGAUUUGAUUUGGCGUAGGGUCUUUUUAAAUAACGGUUGCGCCGAAGGUGCGCACUUCUUUCGUUCCUCGGGUUUUUUUCUUUAACGUGAAGCAGAGCAACAAGAAACCCUUAGCUUGCAAAUUGUUGUCUUCAAAAUUCUUAAAAACUGGUUUUCUUGGUCGUUUUCUUAAAAAUCGUUGGAUAGUUUUUUUGCUUUUUUUUUUAAUUGGGAAAAGGAAACAACCCAACAAUUCUCAACGGCUUUUGACGUUUUCGAGCCAGCUGUGUUUGAUACCUUCACAAUUUGCUCAACCGCUUGGUCUCCAUCGAUGGCGUUAUUGUGGCUGCUGAACUAAUUUGGUAAUCAAAGAAUUGCAGGAAACAAGACUGUGUUUGCGUUUAUCGGUGAUCGCGUGUUACGGUAUAGCCGUUAAGUUGGUCUUCGUUAAAGUGGCGUAGAGCGAUUGACACGUUGACGCUUGAGGGCAGUUCGUUCGACGAUCUUGUAGUUUAAGGGAAAAACGAUCAAUUAAGUGUUAAAGAAGGAAGAUAUGCCCGAGACAGGUUUGAUAAGUAUAUGCAAAUUAUUACGAGAACCAGAGAUCAGUGAUAUCUUUCUCUGGUACGCGGCUAAAGACCUUACGGGAUCAUAGUUCGGUUUGCUGUAAGACCUACCAUAGUUUAUUAAAUAUAAUAUUUUAAAAGAAAAGUAUUCACGGCAUUAUCUUGUUGCUGAGUGACUUCCCCUUCAGUAGAAAUUGGCCUCCCGUGGCGUUAAGAAUAAACAUGUAGGUGUGAACUUUCCCCCAAACAGUGUUCCGUGGGAGUUUUGUGUGUGUGGUGUGAUGCAAGUUACUAGCUGUUCCCACAUUUCAUUAGUUAUUAUUUAUUUUAAUCAACACUUUGUUCCCACAGUUUCAGUUCUGAUAUUAAAAUUUUAGGCUCUUAUCGCCAUUCGCUUGAUAAAUUGUAGUUUUUACAAAGUAUCCUAUCUUAUCUUCCUAGGUCUAUCGGUCGGUCGGUCUGUAGGAACACCCUUCAUACAUAUGCCUUCACUGUUGACAAUUUUAGUUCUGGUGUUUGCUUAAAAACGACUUGACGUUUUAAUGGUUCCUUCAAGCUAAUUCGGAACCCCUUUCCGCUUUAGGUAGAAAUUUCACGUCAAAUUUCAUACAUCGCAAUGGCUUAAUAUUAUCUCUUGUAUUUCUCGCCAGAAACCUCGGACCACAGCGACAUCGAGUCUCGUGUUCGCCGCCUGAGAGACCAACUUGAAGUGCGCAAGCGCGAGGUUAAGCGCUUGUAUAAUGAAAGGAAGAAACAAAGAAAAGCUAUGUUGCGGGCUCAAGAGGCCAGCUUAAGGCAGGAAUUACAGGUAAAUACACGUGGAAACGAGUACUAUCACGGGGUUGUUGUUUACGCCGUCAAUGUCACGCGCUCUUCUUGACGUGGGCGCGUGAAGUUGAACUUUGUACAUUGUUUUCGGUCUUUCGGCCUGAUGGAAAAUAUUUCAAAAUUCUGAGGCGAGUUACUGUUUGAUAUUUUAAGUAUUGUAUAAGUGUUCAAAUUAAUUUUUGUAAUUAAAAUAGAAUUAUAAUCAGGUGUAUGAGACGAGUGCAAGGUGCCAGAAGGAGAACUCUUCAUUGCGAAUCCAAAAUAGAAUUUUUUUGUGGGAUGCGUAAUUAUCAUACGAUAGAUUUUCAGUGAAGAAAUCUCGAUCAUUUAUAGUUCUUAAUUUCUUUAGGCUGUGGAAAUGGUAAUCUCAAGGACAAAGGCCGAACUCAAUCGACCUCAAACGGAUUCAAAAAGACCAGAGUCUGGCUCUACUGACCAACACCCAAUGAGCGCGAAAAACGAUUCUAGUGCCCGUGAAGUCAGGUACCAUCUCUCUCGAACAUCAGAUGUGAGCGGAGGUCGCAAGGUAACACCAUCGGAAAAGCCUGUGAAAGUGUCUGCUAGGAGUGAGCCAGCAGGUGGGAGAGUUUUAAGUUCUGUGGAUGCGGAAGUUAACAGUCGAGGUGAUCAAACAAUUUCCGAUGUUCCCAGCUUAAAAGAGAAAGAUGAGGAGUGUUCUUCUGUCAGUGAGAUUAAGACCGGGGAGAGAAAUAAUUUGUCAUUGGGGAAAGGUGAAACUCCCUUGGAUAAAAGAGAAGACCUUGAUCUAACCGACAGAACUCGAACCCCCGACAAAACCUCCUCGGAAAAUCUACGGCAAUCAGCCAAUAGUGCACGCAAAACAUCGAUUAGAGGUGCCGAAGAUUCCCGAGAAGAAAUCAAAGAUGAUGUGACGACGGCCGAAGAUGUUUCCAUGAGUGAGGAUAUCGAAGUUCAAACACCGUCCAAAGCAUCUUACUCCGACAAGUCGGAACGUAGUUCUCGAGGAUCUAGUCAAUCUCAAUCAGUUAGUCUUCGGAGAGGAUCGGAUAGUGAUCGUAAGAGUUCGGUAAGGGAAAGGUCCGAGGUUGACGUAAAGAUCACGAAAGAAGCAAGGACCGAAGAAAAUAAAUCGUUAACCGAAGAAAAUGAAGUUGUUACAAGGCCCAGAUCCACUCACUCUGGAAGCCACUCCACCCAGGAACUGAAAGAGUCGAAAGACACCGAUCGCUCAGGACAGUCAGGUAUCGUCAGCGGGCAAAACUCGAUUAUUUCCGAGGGAUCGAAGUCUUCCAGACGAUCAAAAUCACCGGCUUUGUCGGAGAAAUCGCAAAGUCUUCAACAGGCGUACAGUUCGUCUUUUGAGAGCGUUGAGAAUGAAGUGGACAAAAGCGAAGACGAUAUCAGUGAGCAUAUCAGUGUUGAGGAAGACGUAGAAAAUAGCGAACGGUCUGAAAGGCAAGAUGACGUCCCAGAUAAGCCAUCUGCGCAUCCUGAUCAAUUUUUAUCAAAAGAUGAAGAAGGGACAAUAGACAUUUCUGAAGUACCCGAGGAUAUUUCUGAACAAUCUGAAAUUGAAGUGACACCAAAAAGUACAUCACUUUCUGCAAAAAGUAGUGGCCCCGUGUCUGAAAAGGCGGAACAAUCCUUAAAAGGAGAAAAGGGUUUACAACUGCCUGAGGAAAACAAAAGCGGACUUGUCUCCUAUACUGAUGACUUUGAGCCUUCGGCGGUUGACGAAACUGACGAAGGAAAACCUCGUGGUUCCUACACACCAGAUUUCGAACCAUCCGAGUCGAACGUUCCAGUAGAGGAUGACAAAACUUCUCAGGAAAAAGAAGAAAACGACGACUUCAGGUUUUCCUCGAAGAAAAGGGAACUUUCUGAAGGUGUAGAAGUGGAUGACAAUAAAUCACCGCAGGAAGGGCAAGUCCAGAAACCUCCUAAAAUUCCAACUCUCGAAUUAGAGCAGGCUACCGACGAAGAAAGCAUUGCAGAAGAAUUGGAUGAAAACAUUGAAGGCCUUGAGGAAAUUAGUGAAGACGGUGAUAGUGGGUCCUUAUUUGAAGAAAACUACUUCAAAAAUGAGCACGGAAGUCUGCAGAGACAGAUUGAGGACGAAUCCGUUGAUGAGAAGGAGAAAAUUGAUAAAGAAGUAUCGCCAUUGUCACCUGGUGUGCUGCCGAAAAGUACUCGACAGUCGCCAGAAUCCCGAAGCCAUGAAUCUGAUCAAAAAACUGCUGACAGAAUCACUCAGGACUUGUCUAUGAUGUUGCUGGAAGAGUCUGUGAACUUGGCGACAAGAGUGUUCGAUGAACGUCGCCGGAUCUACCAAGAUUUACCGAAACAGUCUGCAAAAGAUAGUACGCCUAUUGAGGAUGGAAAUGAUGGUGCAUCACGAUCAUUAGCAGAAACAUCCGAAACAGAAGAGAUAUCUGAACAUUUAUCCACCUCGCCGAAUGGAAGUUUAGAAUCUGGACUGGACCGUAGGACAAGAGAGCGAGAAGAUUUUGCUCCCUCUCCUGUUGAACAACCUCAGCAGGUAUCACCUGAACAAAAGAGUAACGACAUCGUGAAUAAAUUGUCAGACGCACUGCUUAAGGAAGCCGCCUCUCAAAUGAUUGCAAUUAUGCGAUCUCGUCAAGAAAAGUUUGCCAAGACCAAGGGUGAAAGUACCACGGACUUAACUACUUCUCCAAGGGGGGCAACAGAAGACGAACCUCACUCGGCUGAAGAGAGUCCUCUUUCCUCCCCCAGAAACAGUAGAUUUAUGGCCGUCCAACGCUUUCCCGACGGAUUACUGAAGUAUACUGAGGACACCUCGACACCUCCAGGAAGCCCCACAAGUGAGCAGCAAUCUUCAAUUAACGAGAGAGAAUUGACAGAUAAGCUUGAUCAGUUACGACGUUUACAUGAGCAUCUGGAGGGUGCACGGGGCGAAGGUGAAGAUGAACGCUCAGAAUUUAAACUUAACACAAAUGCUCUCAUGGAAUUUCCCUCUGAAGAGGAAGAUGAAGAAGAGGAGACAUUUAGGCGUUCUAGAGGUCCUUCGUUUCUUUUCUCCGUUCCUCAUCGUCCCAAUGAAGUCAGCCCAUUGGUGGCUUCCUCUCUUUCCGUUUUCUUCGAACGCAAGAGGAGAGGACUGCCUUUAGAUAACGUAACACCCCCGUCGGAAAUCAUCGGAGACGACGAAGCGGACGACGACCUCGGAGCCAAUAGUAAACGAGUUUACCAACGAUUAGUGUUCGAUUUGACCGGCAAUUUGUUCAAAGAUCUCUUAUCUGAGGAGACCCCCACCAAGCGGCCGGCUUGGAUGAAAGCAAAACCGCGACGAAAGCACCGUCUGCAUCGUGGUCUUCAACCACUUGUCCGCGAAGGAGACUUUCUCCCUGUAGUGCAGCAACAAGUUUUGAAUUUAAUCGGUUUGGGUGAUGCUAGGCCUUCUCUUGAACGUGUUCGUCGGAAGACGCCGCUAAAGGUGGGAAAGAAGGAUUUCGUUGACGCCAUCCUGAUUCAGGAGCUUCGAGAAGAGGAGCCGUUAUGGGUAGAUUACGAUGAUGAUGAACUUGCCGUGAAGUUCCAAGUGGCAGACGCUAUCUUCGAAUCGCUUUUAUCAGAAACUGUGAUGGUGGUGAAUGCUGUGCAGUUGAGGCGCGAGGCAAGGGCUGACUUGGCACGCAGCUGACGAAACCAUAUCCUCUAGUCUUAAUAUUUCUUUCCUGGAUCCCAGAAUUACCAAGUGCAAUCAGUCGCGCAUUGAAUUUAGUGAAACAACGGUGAUGUGUGAACAGACUGGCAUUUGAAAUGGAGAGGGAAAUAUUUAUGGAGCGUGCAGAAAAACGGCAAUCAGGCACAACUCCAAGCAGACGACUGUUAACGGGCUCAAAUAUUACGUAGAGUAGUGUCAGUACAACAGCCCUUGUGGAAACAACCUAUUGCAGUAACUAGCCUUCCUUCCUCGUUAGACAUUAGAUCAACUAUAUUGACAUGACUGAAAAAUUUGAACGGAAAGAAUCGAAUCCAAGUGUUAGUUUUAGAGAGGUGUACGUCGUUUAAAGGUGUCGGUCAAGAGGGAAUUGACUGAGGCUAUACCAUUCGUUGUUUUCUCGAGCGAAGGAAUUAGAGAUGACUUCUCGCUCUGACUUGCUUUUUUUACUUGUCAUGAACACCCCG